CAACACCGAGGAAGCUGCUGUUCAUGGUGGAUGGUGAUGGAAUUGUGGGCACCUUGAAGCUGGGUGGCCGCGGCGAUGCUGCAGGCACGGGGGACUACAUCACCGCGGCCUCGCUGCUGAUCGCAGUCAUCAUCUUCUGCAUCAGCUUGCUGAACCUCUUCAUCGCGGUGCACGGCCGCGCCUACUCGGAGGCCCAUGCCCACGCCACGGAUCUCUUCCUGCAGGAGCGGUCCAGCAUUUGCUUGAGCUGCAUGGUGCAGCCUCAGCUGCCCUGCCUAGCCCGAGGGCGAUGCUGGCUGGUGUUCUGGUGCAUCCUGUCAUUCAUCCUACUCGGACUUUGGGUGCUUUGUAUUGUUAUCGAGGACUGCCCCGCCUGGUUGGCCGCCUUCAUUUUAUUCUUCGCCUUCUACCUGUUGAACGGCUGCUUGCUGGCGUGGCCAUGGGCCAGCGAGGAGGUCCGAAGGGAGAGCUUCCUCUGGUGGUGCGCCCCCAGCGGUCGGAAGUACGGGAACUCCGGCGAGGAGGCGGAGAGUGAGCGGCUCAUCGAGGACAUGGCGGAGCGGCUGGUGAGGCUGGAGAAGCACGUGGACGAGCUGCGGCUGGGCAGUAUGCAGCCCCGGACCCCGGCCAACCUGAAGCAGACCCGCCAGUCCUGGCGCUGAGGAUCCAGGGAGACUUCUCCGGUGAACCGGCGCCGUUUUUCAAUGCGGCCAAAGUCGCGUUUUAUGUUGAAAAGGCCCGCGGUUCACGAAAUGACCCCCU